UGUUCCAACCGCGGCGUUUUCACCCGGUCAGCAGAGUUCUCCGCCAUGCCCGGCACCAACUGUCAGAAAGCGAUUCAGCUUUGGUCGGAAAAGAACGCGGGUGCCAAUCCGGAAGAAGCCGACGUGGUGAAGCUGCUCUGCAUGAGUCCGCCCAUUGAGAAGAUGGACAGUUCCCUGAAUCAGCUGGUGAACGUGAGGCAUCUUUCCUUGUCGACCAACUGCAUCGACAAGAUGAUUUCCCUCCCAGCUCUGAAGAAUAUCGAGGUGCUGUCACUGGGUCGGAACCUCAUCAAGAAGAUCUCGGGAUUAGAAGAGAUCGGCUCCACACUGAGGGAACUGUGGAUCUCCUACAAUCAGAUCACCACCCUGGAUGGCUUGGCUCCCUGCGUGAAGUUGACCACGCUCUUUAUCUCGAACAACAAGAUCAAGGACUGGCCGGAACUGGACAAACUCCAGGCCAACCAGGAUUUGGUGAACGUGCUCUUCUACGGCAACCCCAUCUAUGAAGGCCUGUCAAAGAAGCAAGCCCGACCAAAGGUCCUGGAACAUUUGCCCAAGAUCGCCACCCUGGAUGGUGAGCUGUUGACCGGCGACGACGACGAUGGGGGAGAGGAGGCUGCGGAGUGAGGUCUUUGCAUCUCUGAAGGUGGGCGUUUCUCAAAGCUCGUUGCAGCAUGUUGCAGCAGAUCAAAGCUGGUUGAUGGUUUCAUGACUCAGCUGGUUGGUGGUUUGGAACUCUUUUU